AUGCCACGCUCAAAUGCUGAUAAACAGCUAGAACUCUUGGACUAUUUUGUUCAAACCAGUUCCGAUCAAUGGAGCGAACUCAGCUUCCUGUCGUGGCUAGACGAAAAUGGGAAAGAGCUACUCAAAGGAAACAGAUUCAUUCAAGAUAGAUGGACCAGAUGGCACAAGCGUUUUCUUUCCACGCUGGACCUUUUUAUAGCCCGAUGCAAGGGGCUUAUAGACGAGGCUGGUGGAAAAGACUCUACAUCCUUCAAGUCUGAGAUGAAGUCAGCUGUUAAUCUCAAAAAACGUGGGGUAAAUGUAUUUGUGUCAUGGAAGCUGCAGCCGACCACACCGCUAUGGCAGGUCGGGCUCGGGGCAAUCUCUUUAGCAAGGUGCUUUAGGGAUAUGGCAUCUCCGUGGUGGAGCGCCGGAUAUGGCAUCUCCGUGGUGGAGCGCCGUCUUGGGCAUACAACCGCUUGCACACUCAAAAUGAUGUCUUUAGAAGUAACAUUUGAGGAUAUGGAACUGAACAUAUUUCUCUUUAACAUUUUCAAUUUUCAGAAAAAGGUCCCGAAAGCAGUUCGCGAUUGGUGGCGGACCUUACAAUCGCAGAAACACGAGCGAUCUCUAAAGCAACAAGAGAUGCAAGUUAUGAUGGAAGACUCUUUGGCGCAGGUCAAAUGGACUGCUGUUCGCAAUGAAAAAACACGAAAGAGAUUUUCGGAGGUGGACGAUAGUAACUUUCGUCCAAAGCGACAAAAGCAAAGCGAAAACCGAAACAAAGAAUCAGAUCCAAGUGGAUCUGGGGGCUCAAUCACUUUCGAUGACAAGGUUGACGGGACAGAGAGGUCACUAGAAUCAGAGUCGGAAUCCGAAGUAUCCGAGUUAGAACAUUCCGAAGGGUCCGAAUUAGAACAUUCCGAAGGGUCCGAAUUAGAACAGUCAAUAGAAGUUGAUAUUACUAAUAUAUCCAGGCAAUUGGAAAGAGAUCUCGUAGCAGAGGUAGUUAGCAUGGAAAUCUUCGAUUAUUCGGUUCGUUAUAAUUAA